AUGGUCAGCGUGUAUGGGAAGCAUGGGCUGGUGGAUAAGGCGAAGGUGAGAGUGAGGGGGGAAGGGGGGAAAGGGGGGAAAGGGAGAGAGGAGGGGGAUGUGUGCAAAGCGAAGAAGGGAGAUGUGUGUGCUGCUGGCUGUGCAUGUGAAGAGAGGACUAGCAUCAGAGCACACACCACGAUGGUCAGCGUGUAUGGGAAGCAUGGGCUGGUGGAUAAGGCAAAGCUGCUGUUUACAAGCCUGAGGGGGGCGGGCAGGGACUUGGACGCAGUGAUAUGGAACGCCAUGCUGAGUUCCCUGGGGAAGAAUGGGCGGGUGGAGGAGGCGAAGGAGCUGUUUGCGGAGAUGCAGGAGUGUGGACCGACGCCCACCGUCUACUCCUACUCUAUUAUGAUCGACGCGUGA